AGUAAGAGACAUAAUUUACGUUAUAUUAAGCCAUACAAGUCUUAACAGCAGGGGUUUCCUUUAAGAAAUGAAUCAAGGCAUUUUCAACAUUCUUUUUUCUUUUCCGAUAAUUUGUUAUACUCAGAUGUACAAUAUGAAUCUGAUAUAGCAGUGGUCUUGGUCUUAUACUGCCUCCUAGAGGCAUGGAUGUAGCAUCAUGUCGAAGCAAAAGUUUACCAUUUCCAUAGAAAGGUGCUAUUUACAGUCAGUCAGUUAAUUCCUCAAAUGUUAGGGUUCAAUAGCAGGGGUGCUUGCUGAGAUAAAAUGAGUAGUAUUCAGCUGGUCAUGUGAUGUCAACAUGUCUGCCCCCAUGAGGCAACCCACUCCAUGUAAAAUAAAACUGGUUUUAUUAGGCUACUAAUCAUCUUUAUCUCAUUUGAGUGAACAUAACUUCCAUUCAGAGGUACCAUUCACCUCUUUAUAUUUUUAUUUAACUUUUCAAUAAGUAACAAAACCACACUUUUAAAUGAUCAGUCACCUCAAUAUUUUCAUUCAGGUAUACAUGUGGUUAGCAUGAAAAGUGCGGUUAGACUUAACCAAAAACAAUGUUUUUGUAGCUUCGGCAGGGUAAAUAUUUUGCGUUUUCUGCAGCGUAAACAAAGGCAGGUCUGAGUGAAUGAAUUUGAGUACUCGUAAUCCUGGGUGAAAACAAACACAGCCCUCCCCUCUGCGGAAGCUCUACUGUACUUUAUCAGCUGCUGGUUUACUGCCUCCAAGGUGGUUUUGUUCCUCAUUGCACAUGCACCCGCAUGUCUGAGUCAGUGUCAUGUUUGCUCUGUGUGUGUGUUUUGCUCGUUCAGUACGAUGCUGUCCCCAUCCAGCCUAGCGUGGUGUUGCGUUCCUGUGCUUCUUCAUCAAUGGUAAGGACUCAGCUGAACUCCAACCUUCCUCACUGUCUCAGUAUGGAGGUCCGUGGGGGUGAGGCAAGCGCCCAGCCAAAGACAUCUACCCUCAAGCCUCCACAAUCACGCAAGAAGGAGGAUUUCAGCUUUGGCAAAAUUUUAGGAGAGGGUUCCUUCUCGACGGUUGUGCUUGCAAAAGAACUUGCCACAGGAAAGGAAUAUGCAAUGAAGAUUCUAGAGAAGAAUCACAUCAGGAAAGAGAAUAAAGCACACUAUGUGUUCAGAGAGAAGGAUAUAUUGUCAAGCAUUGAUCAUCCCUUUUUCGUGAAGCUCUACUUCACGUUUCAAGAUUCGCAUAAACUUUAUUUCGCCCUCAGUUAUGCAAAGAAUGGAGAACUACUUAGAUACAUUCGCAAAAUAGGCUCAUUUGAUGAGACUUGCACAAGAUUCUACACUGCUGAGAUAGUUUGUGCACUCGAGUAUUUGCACUCAAUGGGAAUUAUUCACAGGGACCUUAAGCCAGAGAACAUCUUACUGAGCGAAGACAUGCACAUUCAUAUUACGGAUUUCGGGACAGCAAAACAGCUGUCGUCGGACAGCACUCAAACAAGAGCCAACUCUUUUGUUGGCACUGCACAGUAUGUUUCUCCAGAGCUACUGACGGAAAAAUCAGCUUGCAAAAGUUCCGACCUCUGGGCACUGGGUUGCAUAAUCUAUCAGCUGGUGGCUGGAUUACCUCCGUUUAGAGCUGGGAACGAGUACUUGAUUUUCCAAAAGAUUAUAAAGCUGGAAUAUGAAUUUCCUGAGAAGUUCUUCCCCAAAGCUAAAGAUCUGGUGCAGCGACUGUUGUCUUUGGACCCUAGAAAGCGGCUAGGAUGUGAGGAAAUGGGUGGGUUCAAUCCACUGAAAGGCCACAUGUUCUUUGAGACAAUCUCAUGGGAGAACUUGCCGGUUCAGACCCCACCCAAGCUGACCCCUUACCUACCAGCCAUGGCUGAAGAUGAUGAAGACUACUAUGGCAAUUAUGAAGACCUCCUCAGUCACUUCAGCAGCUUGCAGGUGGCUCCAUCCAGCUCAUCUCAGAUCGUCCCACUGAGAUCCUGCAGCAACAUUGAGCAGUACAUCCAUGACCUGGACAGCAACUCCUUUGAGCUGGACCUGCAGUUCUCCAGUGAGGAGAAACGACUUCUGCUGCUGAAGCAAACAAGUGGCAACCCUUGGCACCAGUUUGUUGAAAAUAACUUAAUAUAUAAAAUGGGACCAGUUGACAAAAGAAAGGGACUGUUUGCUCGACGCCGUCAGCUGUUACUGACUGAAGGACCACAUCUAUAUUACGUGGAUCCUGUGAAUAAAGUGCUGAAGGGGGAAAUUCCAUGGUCUCCAGAGCUGCGUCCCGAGGCCAAGAAUUUCAAGACAUUUUUUGUCCACACGCCAAACAGGACAUAUUAUCUAAUGGAUCCCAGUGGAAAUGCAGACAAAUGGUGUAAGAAGAUUCAAGAGGUCUGGGGAACAGUUUAUCACUAACAUCAGACUACUGGCAUGACGGGGCAUCAGAGGACUACUGAAGUCAAGGCAAGUCUAAGAGGUCUGAGCCCUGCACCAUUCAACUACCAAACAGGACGUUCUGUUCAUUUAUGGGACUAGUGCAUCAAUAUUCCUUCUUGAAGAGAAAAUAUGUUUUGCUUGCAGUGUUUUUGUCAUGUUCAGCAGAUGUAACAUAAAAUCAAAGAUAGGUAAAACUUGUACACUAUACAUGUGUAUAUACAUAGGAAAAUAUCCUCAGAAGCUUGGGGGGAAAAAACACUCAUAAUCUGUUGCUUUUUAAAAUAAUAAGAGAGUUUUAGGAUAGCUAUAGAGGACACUUAAAUGAUCCUACAGGUCAAGUAAAUAUUAAAUUGAUACACAAAUCGUUAAUAUAUUUAUAUUUAUUCUCUCAGUCAUCUUGUUCACAUGUGUAUCAUAUUACAUGAAAUUAUUAUCAUCAGAAGAAGAAUCACUGUUGAGCCGUUAUAUAUUUAGUAAGAAAUGGCAAUGGAUUUUUGUGGGUUCAUGUGUGAAACUUGCACCUGGUUCCUUAAAUCUGCUGUUUAUAUUUGUUUUUAUAUUAUAUUUUAUUUAUAAACAUUGGUUGAGAUUGAAAAUAAGUACUUGAUAAGGUACGCUACACAGUAUACACUGCAAGUGAGUGGCACAAUGUGUUGCAACAAAAGUGGAUGGCUGUCGACAGUCACGUUGUGUCGUACCAUGUCCGUCUCUUGCAAUGUAGAUAUGGUGUAAUAACUACGGGAAUUGAGCUGUGCAAAUGUAAAUAAGGGCCGUGUUUGGAGAUGCAGUUUUUGACCGCUUUAUUGUACGUUGAAUAGGAUGGUGGUCCAGCACAGGCUAACGAAAAUGCUGUAACCAAGUGAGAUUCAAGCUCAGAAGUGUGUUUUUCCUCUUCUGUUGCGUUUCCUCCUUGCAUUUUUUAUGAGGAUUUGUUCAACUGUGUAUUUAUAAUUCGACUGGGUUUGUCACCGAAUAUAACUGUGAUGUACAGAUGAUGUAUUAUUCAGAAAGUAACACAGUGUUACUGGAUUUGCACCUUGUAUAAUUUUAUUCUUAUAUAAGAUUAUUUGCUGGCAAUGGCGCAGCCUGUAGUACCUUGUAUUAUUUAAAUUCUAAUAUUCAGGGGCCAUGUGUUGUAAAUAUUGAAUAUUGCCUUUGAAUGUGAAUGAUUGCUGUAAUACUUUGCAAGAUUUUUAUGUGUCCUAAUCAGGUCACUUAAAUUAUAUAAGAUCCAAUGUUUAUGCCCUUUGGUUUCUGCAUACAUUUAUGGAAGCUUGAUUCCGGCAGGGAAUAAUAAAAUAAAAAAGGUAAUUGCAACUUUUUAUCUCACAAUUCUGACUUGUUUUUCUCACAAUUGUGAGAUAGAAACUCAUAACUAAGAGUUCUAAAGUCUGAAUUGCAGGAUAUUAACUUGAGUUAUAUCUCGCAUUUCUGACAUAAACUCGUAAUUGCUAGUUAUGAAGUCCAAGUUGUAAGUUCCAAGUUCCUCAAAAACUCGCAAUUCUGACUUUAUAUCUUGCUAUUCUGACUUAACUCGUAAUUGUGAGAAAAAAAAUGACUUAAAUCGUAAUUGCAAGAUUAUAUCUUGCAAUUCUGACUUUAUAACCUACAAUUGAAUGUUUAUAUCUUGCUAUUCUGACUUAACUCGUAAUUGUGAGAAAAAUUACUUAAAUAGCAAUUGCGAGUUUAUAUCUCACAAUUCUGACUUAAUAACCUGCAAUUGAACGUUUAUAUUGCAAUUCUGACUUAACUUGUAAAUGUGAGAAAAAAAUUACUUAAAUCGCAAUUGCAAGUUCAUAUCUGUCAAUUCUGACUAUAACUUACAAUUGAACAUUUAUAUCUCACAAUUCUGACUUUAUAACUCGCAGUUGUGAGUUUAUAUCUUGCUAUUCUGACUUAUAACUCGUAAUUGUGAGAAAAAAAUGACUUAAAUCGUAAUUGCAAGAUUAUAUCUUGCAAUUCUGACUUUAUAACCUACAAUUGAAUGUUUAUAUCUUGCUAUUCUGACUUAACUCGUAAUUGUGAGAAAAAUUACUUAAAUAGCAAUUGCGAGUUUAUAUCUCACAAUUCUGACUUAAUAACCUACAAUUGAACGUUUAUAUCGCAAUUCUGACUUAACUUGUAAAUGUGAGAAAAAAAUGACUUAAAUCGCAAUUGCAAGUUCAUAUCUGUCAGUUCUGACUUUAUAACUCACAGUUCGAGUUUAUAUUUUGCUAUUCUGAUUUAACUCGUAAUUGUGAGAAAAAAUUUGUACUUAAAUCGCAAUUGCGAGUUUAUCUUGCAAUUCUGACUAACUUA